AGAAAAGUUCUUCCAAAAUAGCCGCCACUCGGCCCCAUGAUGGGGGACUUCGCCUCCCCCGCUGCCGGACCCAACGGCAGUAUCUGCAUCAACAACAGCGGGAUGAGCGCGGCCGCCGGCAGCGUGGUGCCCGCCGGGGCCGUGGGCAUCCCUAAGCACAGCACGGUGGUGGAGCGGCUCCGCCAGCGGAUCGAGGGCUGCAGGAGGCACCACGUCACCUGCGAGAGCCGCUACCAGCAAGCCCACGCCGAGCAGCUGGAGAUCGAGCGCCGGGAGACGGUGAGCCUGUACCAGCGGAGCCUGGAGCAGAGGGCCAAGAAGGCGGCCGGAGGAGGCAGCAAGCAGCCACAGAGCAAGCAGCCCGAGCCGGACUGCGCUUCUUCCGCAGAGCAGAGGAAUAACACGCUGAUCGCGCUCCAGGAGACUGUAAAGAGGAAAUUGGACAGUGCACGAUCGCCCCUCAACGGAGACCAGAACGGGAUCUGUGAUGGAGGCAGCUACUCACCGACCCCCAAACGGGUACGGAAGGAUGGCUCCAGUGGUCUGGACUCUUUAACUGGUCUCCCAAACAAUGGCAGUAACAACAAUGUUCCGCCAAUCUCUCCUCUGCAUCACCAAAUGGACAUUAAGCCUUUACUAGGUGGGGCAAAUACUUCAGCUAGUAACAACACUACAAACAGCAAUGGCAACCAUGUGUCAAGCCGGACAACUGAUGAGCUGGGAAAAAAUGGUGGCAGCCAUCUUCCAGAUAUGAAGCUAAAUGGCUCAUUGGACUUAGAGGACAGCUUUGGCCUCCUUAAAGACCUGAAACAGGAGCCACUGGAUGAUGGUGGUGGGAUGGAGUCCUCGGAUCCCCAGUCUCUAUCUAAUCAGAAUAAGCUGUUCUCAGACAUCAACCUCAAUGAUCAAGAGUGGCAAGAGCUGAUUGAUGAACUGGCCAACACUGUUCCAGAGGACGAUAUGCAUGACCUCUUCAAUGAGGACUUUGAGGACAAGAAGGAAGCAGACUUUGGCAGGCCGGCAAACAAUCAGACACCAGGUCCGCAGGAAGGGACCGGGAACUCAACAAUACCUACAGGGGGGGCAGCAGCAACAGCAGCUUUGCCUCCUCCUCCUCCUCAACCUUUACAGGGAAGACCACAGGUUCCGAUUGGAUCGCCCCAGGUCCGUCCCUCGUCGUCAGGCCCUCAGUUUGCCACCACUGCCAAUGGCACACCUCCUCAGCAACCUUUGCAACAGUCUCCGGCUGUUGCCAUGGCAUCAGGUUCCCCAUUACACAACUGUGUGGCUCGCUCUCCUCAGACCCCUACCCAGGCUCAGACACAAACGGUCUCUCGGCCUGGUAAUGGAUUUAUGAUGAACCCAGGGCCGAGGGUCAGUCAGGCAGGCACGGGACCUGGAGCGGCUGGAGUUGCUCCUGGAGGUCAACCAGUAGGGACGGUGACACCUGAACUGUCUCCAGCAGAGCAGCUAAAGGCAAUGGCUGCUCAGCAGCGUGCUAAAUUGCUGCAGCAGAAGCAACAGCAACAACAAGCAGCUAGCUGGUCCCCCGCAGGUGCGCCCACCAGUCCCUAUAACUCUGGUCCCUUUAACCAGGACAAACCCAACAGUCCCAUGAUGUACCCACCGCAAGCCUUUAACACACCACAGGGGCCCCUAGUGGCUGGGAUAGCCCCCAACAAUGGGCCCAAAGCCCCCAUGAACAACUACCUCCCUCACAACCACAUGGGCAUGAUGGGACAGCAGCAACCAAACAGCAUCAGCCAAAAUGCCCUCUCCAAGCAACAACAACAAACAGCAGCCAUGUUGUCCUACAACAACACCAAACCGCUGAGUCACUUCAGCGGCGGUGGGGUUGACCACAUGGGCCAGAGGAUGACUCCACCAAUGGCAGGGAACAGUCAGGUCAAGAACCCCAUGAUGCCUCCAUACAUGGGUGGUGGGGGAGGCGGGGGCCAAGGGGCAGGUCCGGGCCAAACCCAGGGGCCAAUCCCAGGACAGACCGCCCACCUGAGUGAGGAGCAGAAGAGGAUGCUGCUGAUGAAGCAGAAGGUGUUGAACCAAAACAUGCCGUACAGCGCCAUGCAGCCUCAUGGGCAGGUGUCAGGUGUCCCUAACAACGUCCCAGAGGGAGGCGCUGAAGGAGGUGUGGACGGACUGUACCUCAAACACAAAAGGGUUUGCGGCGACAUGAUCGAGCUGUAUAAACACAACAAGGCUAUCCAUCAAGUCAAAUCAACCUACGUCAAACUGAACAACAGCAACACCAGAGGGAAUGACAAGAACCUAGUCAAGAACAUGCCUCCAGGAGGUAGUAGCUACACCAAGUCUGAAUGCCUUCAAAUCAAGAUCGGACAAGCACUGGGCCAAAUAUCGCUUCUGUCUCCAAUCGUUGCAUGA